AUGUCUACUCCAGCUCAGAGAUUGCAGCAUCUUGCUCAGAUUAUUGGUUCCAGAACCCUGGCCGAGAGCCUGUUGCUGCCUCCUUCGCCUUUCAAGAUCGCCGUCAUCGGCUCCGGCAACUGGGGCACCACCAUUGCCAAAAUCUUGGCUGAAAACGCUGCCGCCAGACCUCACUUGUUCAAGCACUUUGUCGACAUGUGGGUGUUUGAGGAGAAGGUGGACGGCAGAAACUUGACCGAGAUCAUCAACACCGACCACGAGAACGUGCGCUACCUCCCUGGCGCUCUUCCUGAUGUCGCCAAGGUGGCCGAGGAUGCUGAUCUCUUGGUGUUCAACUUGCCCCACCAGUUCUUGCCCAAGGUGUGCAAGCAGUUGAAGGGCAAGGUCAAGCCCACCUGCCGUGCCAUCUCGUGCCUCAAGGGUCUCGAGGUGACCCCUGAGGGUUGUAAAUUGUUGAGUACCGUCAUCACCGAGGAGUUGGGUCUUGCCUGCGGUGCUCUUUCCGGCGCCAACUUGGCCCCUGAGAUCGCCAGAGGCAAGUGGUCCGAGACCACCGUCGCAUACACCAUCCCCAAGGACUUCCGUGGCGCUGGCUAUGAUAUCGACCUCAACGUGCUCAAGGUCGCUUUCCACAGACCAUACUUCCACGUGAACGUUGUUCAGGACGUGGCGGGUGUUUCUGUGGCUGGUGCCUUGAAGAACAUUGUCGCUUUGGCCGUCGGCUUCGUCGAGGGCUUGGGCUGGGGUGACAAUGCCAAGGCUGCCAUCAUGAGAGUCGGCCUUUUGGAGACCAUCCAGUUUUCCCAGACUUUCUUCCCUCAAUCCGAGUCUGGCACCUUCACCAAGGAGUCCGCUGGUGUUGCUGACUUGAUCACCACAUGCUCUGGAGGUAGAAACGUCAAGGUGGGUCGCUACAUGGCUGAAACCGGUGACUCUGCUGAGGUUGCUGAGAAGAAGUUGUUGAACGGCCAGUCCUCCAGGGUGCACGAGUUGUUGACCAAUGUGAACAAGACCGGCGAGUUCCCCUUGUUCGAGGCAACCUACCAAAUCAUCUACGGUACCGAGAGUAUCGAGAACUUGCCCAAGUUGUUGGAGACUUGCGACUAG